UCUGUCAUAGCCGCUGUUUUUUGGGGAGGGGGGGGUGAUUUUUUAAAUUCUUUAAUUUUUUAUUUUUUUUACAUCUUUACCUUGUGGUGGCGUCCAAGGAGAAGUGUGAGGAACCCGCAUCGAGACAAAUUAUGCCAGCAGCACCAGAGUGGCUCUGCCUGGUGACGUGCCAGCUCAUCGGUCAGACUACUCUGCCCUCCGCUAGCAUCCUUCUCGACACUGGCAGAUCCAUGCUGCUGGAUGCUCCUCACCGAGCCACUACCGCACCAUGAGCGCCAACAGGCCCGCCCCCUCCCCAGCUCCCACCUCCCCAGAAGCCCCUCCGGCCCCUGCUCCGGACCCGGCCGCCACACCGCACGCUCCACCUGCUCAGUCCGCCCCGGCGUCCACUGCUAUCCCAGUAGGUGCGUUGGCACAGAAGAAGCGGCAGCAGUAUGCCAAAAGCAAAAAACAGGGCAGCAAUGCUAACAGCAGACCACCAAGGGCUCUGUUCUGCCUCAACCUCAACAACCCCAUACGCAGGGCCUGCAUCAGCCUGGUGGAGUGGAAGCCAUUUGAUAUCUUUAUAUUAAUUGCUAUUUUUGCCAACUGUAUGGCCUUAGCUGUCUACGUCCCCUUCCCUGAAGACGAUUCCAACUCCACCAACCACGAUCUGGAAACAGUAGAGUAUGCGUUCCUCAUCAUUUUUACCAUUGAGACCUUCCUGAAGAUCAUUGCCUACGGCCUGGUGAUGCACCAGAACGCGUACGUGAGAAACGGAUGGAACAUGCUGGAUUUUGUCAUUGUUGUCAUUGGACUCUUCAGUGUUGCUUUGGAGCUUUUGACCAAAGAUGAUAAGGAGGAAGUGGAGGGACCUCAAAGCCAUCCGUCGAUGCAUGGACACGGAGGAAAACCAGGUGGAUUUGAUGUUAAAGCCCUUCGAGCCUUCCGUGUGCUGCGACCCCUGCGGCUGGUCUCAGGAGUACCCAGUUUACAGGUGGUGUUAAACUCCAUCAUUAAAGCCAUGGUCCCUCUCCUUCACAUCGCCCUGCUGGUCUUGUUUGUCAUUAUCAUCUACGCUAUUAUCGGCCUGGAGCUUUUCAUUGGCAAAAUGCACGCAACCUGCUAUUGGUCUGGAACAGACGUGAUAGCUGAGGAGGAAUCGGCUCCAUGUGCGAUCUCAGGUCACGGGCGCCAGUGCCCCCUCAACGGCUCCAUGUGCAGGGAGGGUUGGCAGGGUCCCAAUAACGGCAUCACCAACUUUGACAACUUCCUGUUUGCCAUGUUGACGGUCUUCCAGUGCAUCACCAUGGAGGGCUGGACCGACGUCUUGUACUGGAUGAAUGAUGCUAUGGGCUUUGAGCUUCCGUGGGUGUACUUUGUGAGUCUUGUGAUCUUCGGCUCCUUUUUCGUUCUUAACCUGGUGUUGGGUGUGUUGAGCGGAGAGUUUUCCAAGGAGAGAGAAAAGGCCAAGGCCCGCGGAGACUUCCAGAAGCUGCGUGAGAAGCAGCAGCUGGAGGAGGAUCUGAUGGGUUACCUGGACUGGAUCACACAGGCGGAAGACAUCGACCCUGAGGACGAGGCCGAGGAGGGCAAACGCACCCCGAGCGUUCCAGCCAGUGAAACUGAGUCUGUGAACACGGAGAAUCAGAACGGGGAGGACGAGAAGACGCCGUGCUGCGGAACUCUGUGUCAAAAGAUUUCAAAGUCCAAGUUCAGUCGGCGCUGGCGCCGCUGGAACAGGUUCUGCCGCAGGAAGUGCCGGUUGGCGGUGAAAUCGGUGCCUUUCUAUUGGCUGGUCAUCAUCUUGGUGUUCCUCAACACACUCACCAUAUCCUCGGAACAUUACAAUCAACCCAUGUGGUUGACGCAAGUCCAGGAUGUGGCCAACAAGGUGCUGCUGGCCAUGUUCACCUGUGAGAUGUUGGUGAAGAUGUACAGUCUGGGUCUGCAGGCCUACUUCGUCUCCUUGUUCAACCGAUUCGACUGCUUCGUGGUGUGUGGAGGAAUUACAGAAACCAUUCUGGUGGAGUUUGAAAUCAUGUCUCCUCUGGGCAUCUCCGUGUUCCGCUGUGUGCGUCUGCUGAGGAUCUUCAAGGUCACGCGCCACUGGCAGUCGCUCAGUAACCUGGUGGCGUCUCUGCUCAACUCCAUGAAGUCCAUCGCUUCCCUGCUGCUGCUGCUCUUCCUCUUCAUCAUCAUCUUCUCCCUCCUGGGGAUGCAGGUGUUUGGUGGAAAGUUCAACUUUGACGAGACUCAAACCAAGAGGAGCACUUUUGACAACUUCCCCCAGGCCCUCCUCACCGUCUUUCAGAUCCUGACGGGAGAAGACUGGAACGCCGUCAUGUACGAUGGAAUCAUGGCCUACGGAGGUCCUUCAUCCAGCGGGAUGGUUGUGUGCUUCUACUUCAUCAUCCUCUUUAUCUGUGGAAACUGUAUCCUGCUGACCGUCUUCUUGGCCAUCGCUGUGGACAACCUGGCAGAUGCCGAGUCUCUGAACACAGACGACGGAGACAAGAAAGAUGACAAAGCGGACGAUGAGGUCCAGGACAAGGAGGAGGAGGAGGAGGAGGAGGACAUUGACGACACCGCAGCGGAGGAGGAAGAUCCUGAAGUUCCCUCGGGGCCUCGACCCGUCAUCUCUGAGCUGGUGAAGAAGGAGAAGAUCACUCCCAUCCCUGAAGGAAGUGCCUUCUUCAUUUUUAGCAGCACAAACCCGGUUCGUGUGUUCUGCCACAGACUCAUCAAUCACCACAUCUUCACCAACCUCAUCCUGGUCUUCAUCAUGCUCAGCUCCGUCUCACUCGCUGCCGAGGAUCCGAUCCGAAACUUUUCAGCGCGAAAUAUUAUACUUGGUUACUUUGACUAUGCUUUCACGGCUAUCUUUACUGUUGAGAUCGUGUUGAAGAUGACCACAUAUGGAGCUUUCCUACAUAAAGGAGCGUUCUGUAGGAAUUACUUCAACCUCCUUGACCUGUUGGUGGUCGGGGUCUCCCUCGUCUCCUUCGGAAUUCAGUCCUCGGCCAUCUCAGUGGUGAAGAUUCUUAGGGUCCUUCGUGUCCUUCGGCCCCUCAGGGCCAUCAACAGGGCCAAAGGCCUGAAGCAUGUAGUGCAGUGUGUGUUUGUGGCCAUCAGAACCAUCGGUAACAUCAUGAUCGUCACCACUCUGCUCCAGUUCAUGUUCGCCUGCAUCGGCGUGCAGCUCUUUAAGGGGAAGUUCUACCGCUGCACAGAUGAAGCCAAGUCCAACCCUGAAGAGUGCAAGGGAACGUACAUCGUGUACAAGGACGGGGACGUGAACCAGCCGACCAUGCACAAGAGGGUGUGGCACAACAGUGACUUCAACUUCGACAACGUCCUCAUGGCCAUGAUGGCUUUGUUCACGGUGUCGACCUUUGAAGGCUGGCCUGCGUUGCUGUACAAGGCCAUCGACUCCAACAGAGAGAAUCUGGGUCCAAUUUACAACUACCGCGUGGAGAUUUCCAUCUUCUUCAUCAUCUACAUCAUCAUCAUCGCCUUUUUCAUGAUGAACAUCUUCGUGGGUUUCGUGAUCGUCACGUUCCAGGAACAGGGAGAGAAAGAGUACAAAAACUGUGAACUCGACAAGAACCAGCGUCAGUGUGUUGAAUACGCUCUGAAGGCUCGUCCCCUGAGGAGGUACAUACCCAAGAACCCGUACCAGUACAAGUUCUGGUAUGUGGUGAACUCCACUGGGUUUGAGUACAUCAUGUUUGUACUUAUCAUGCUCAACACGCUCUGCCUGGCUGUGCAGCACCACGGACAGUCGGCGACGUUCAACUACGUCAUGGACAUUCUUAACAUGGUCUUCACUGCUGUCUUCACUGUGGAAAUGGUUCUCAAACUGAUCGCUUUCAAACCCAGGCACUAUUUCACUGAUGCUUGGAACACAUUUGAUGCCUUAAUUGUUGUUGGUAGCGUCGUUGACAUUGCUAUCACUGAAGUGAAUCCAACAGAGACACCUCAGGUGGAUGAGAUGGGGAACACGGAGGACAGCGCCCGCAUCUCCAUCACCUUCUUUCGUCUGUUCCGUGUCAUGCGGUUGGUGAAGCUCCUCAGCAGAGGGGAGGGCAUCCGCACGCUGCUUUGGACUUUCAUCAAAUCCUUCCAAGCUCUGCCGUACGUUGCUCUGCUGAUAGCCAUGUUGUUCUUCAUCUACGCUGUGAUCGGCAUGCAGGUUUUUGGGAAGAUUGCCAUGGUGGAUGGAUCACAGAUCAACAGAAACAACAACUUCCAGACCUUCCCUCAGGCCGUGCUGCUUCUUUUCAGGUGUGCCACUGGGGAGGCGUGGCAGGACAUCAUGUUGGCCUGUAUGCCGGGGAAACUGUGUGACCCCGAGUCUGACUACCAUCCAGGGGAGGAGAUGACCUGCGGCAGUGGAUUUGCCGUUAUUUAUUUUAUCACCUUCUACAUGCUCUGCGCCUUCUUGAUCAUUAAUUUGUUUGUUGCCGUCAUCAUGGACAACUUUGAUUAUUUGACCCGUGAUUGGUCCAUUCUCGGUCCUCACCACCUUGAUGAGUUUAAAAGAAUUUGGUCAGAGUAUGAUCCGGAAGCCAAAGGCAGAAUCAAACACCUGGAUGUUGUGACCCUCCUGCGACGUAUUCAGCCUCCUCUUGGCUUUGGAAAACUCUGUCCUCACAGAGUGGCCUGCAAGAGGCUGGUGGCCAUGAACAUGCCCCUGAACAGCGACGGAACAGUCAUGUUUAACGCCACCCUGUUUGCACUUGUGCGAACGGCCCUGAAGAUCAAAACUGAAGGUAAUCUAGAGCAGGCCAACGAAGAGCUGCGAGCCGUCAUCAAGAAAAUCUGGAAGAGAACCAGUAUGAAGCUCCUGGAUCAAGUGGUGCCCCCAGCUGGCGAUGAUGAGGUAACCGUGGGGAAGUUCUAUGCCACCUUCCUGAUACAGGACUACUUUAGGAAAUUCAAGAAACGUAAGGAGGACGGCCUGGUGGGCGCUCACCCCUCACAGAACAACACGGCCAUCGCCCUGCAGGCUGGCCUCCGCACGCUGCAUGAUAUUGGGCCUGAAAUACGCCGAGCGAUAUCAUGUGACCUGCAAGAUGACGAGCUUGUAGACUUUAUUCCCGAGGAAGACGAGGAAAUUUAUAGGCGCAACGGCGGACUCUUCGGGAACCACCUCAUGAACGGCGGCCAUCCGAGCUCCAACGGCCACCAGACCAACGCCACGCAGCGACCCCUGCAGGUGCAGCCCCCGCCUCACUACGCCCACAUGGAGGAGCCGGUGGGACGCCUGUCUCGAGCCAACGCCAUGUCCCAACCCAACCACCAUCGCCACCACCACCACCACCACCAUCACAACCGACACCACAACUCCUACAACAAGUCGCCGAAAUCUACAAACAUCAACCUCAACAACGCCAACGUGUCCAGUCUGCCCAACGGAGGUCACCACUGCUACUACGAUCACGCGCCUCCCAAUGGUUACCCAGGUCUACGCAACACCUCUCACGACUACGACAAGUCCAGGACUCCACAGAGUCAAAGAAGGCGCUACUAUGAGACCUAUGUUAGGUCCCAGGGUGGAGAUGGACGCCUCCCAACCAUCCGGAGGGAGGAGGAGUUUGAUGAAGAUCGUCUCUCUGGGGAGUAUUACAGCGGGGAGGAGUUUUAUGAAAAUGACAGCAUGCUGUCUGGAGAAAGGUAUCCGAACAGCGAUGCUGAGUACGAGACUCCUAAAGGUUAUCAUCACCCUGACAGUUACUACGACGACGAUGAGCAGCCCCUGUACAGGGACUCACGGAGGUCACCGAAGAGACGGAUGCUUCCUGCCACGCCUCAAGGUAACAGGAGGCCGUCCUUCAACUUCGAGUGUCUGCGCAGACAGAGCAGCCAGGACGAGCUUCCACAUCAGCGGACCGCUCUGCCGCUGCACCUCAUGCAGCACCAGGUCAUGGCUGUAGCGGGCCUGGACUCCAGCAGAGCCCACCGCCUCUCCCCGACCCGCUCCACCCGCUCCUGGGCGACUCCUCCCGCCACCCCGGCCAGUAAAGACCAGUCGCCGUACUACACCCCCCUCAUACGAGUGGACCACCCGCAGAGGGAGAGCGCCGCCAGCAGCCAAGUGUCUGUGAGGAAGAGCUCGUGGUACACGGACGACCCGGAGUUCUCCCAGAAGAUGUACUCACCGGUCCACCUGCAGGUGCCACCUGAGUACUACAACCAGUACUACCAGAAAAGAGGCAGCGCCACCAGCCUGGUGGAGGCGGUGUUGAUAUCUGAGGGUCUUGGAAGAUUUGCCAAGGAUCCCAAAUUUGUCGCCGCAACCAAGCACGAAAUAGCCGACGCGUGCGACAUGACGAUAGACGAGAUGGAGAGUGCGGCCAGUCAACUGCUGAACGGAGGGGUGACCCGGGGCGGCAACGGGCUCAACGUGUUUCCUCUGUUGACUCCCAGAGACUACGAGCUGCAGGACACUGCUGCGGUCAGCUACAGCGACGAGGAGCCAGAGACAGAAGUCAGAGCUCCUUACGAGGAGGACCUGGCAGACGAGAUGAUCUGCAUCACGACUUUAUAGCAGCGGUCGAAGGAAUCUGCGAAUAUUUCUGACUUAAACCUAUUUCAAAUAAUAAGUAAUGCAUUUGUUGGCUCCAACCAUAAGAAGUGCCUUUAACCUUGAAGAGAAAAGGCAAAUGGAAGAGAGACACAUCCGUCCCAUUGGUUCAGUCGCUCUCCACCUGGAGUUAACACGUGCAGGAAAACAGCCAAUCAGAGACAAGCAGUUAAAGACAAGAGGUGUGAGGAGUACGUAGAAGUGGGUGGUUUUCAAAAGGUGAUGACAAUCAGAAGAAUGAUGUCAUUACCUCGGUCACUUUAUAUCAAGGUUCGUGGCAUAUCAUGCAAGUUUUCAAUGCAAGCGUAGAAAAGGCAUAGCCCCCCCCACCCCGCUCCGGCUCCGAGUCUUCGUUAAAUGAAUACUACAGCUCAGUCCACAGGUAACUGUCCUGCUCAUAGCAUCGUUCACAACUUGAAAAACACACGUACUUUUGAAGCAUUUGUGAUAAAUGCACUAGGAGGCAUGUAUUUUAAAUUUUAGAAAACUCUGAUUAACAUUUGAUAGUUGAUAUGCUGUAAAAUUGUAAUAAAUAACAACAGACACUUUGUAAAGAGAUAUUCUAUAUUUUGUAAUUAUGUGUCACUUAAAAUGAUCAGCAAUAUUCAACCCUUUUGACACCCACUAUGCUACAUAGGCAGAUGUGCAUUUUAUCAAGUACGACGUGUAAUUUGCCUUUUGGUUUCUUUUCCGAUCUGCUUCCGUUUAUUCCGCGUUAGAAACUUGAUAAGAGGCUCUGCUCGUGUGUGUGUGUGUGUGUGUGUGUGAGAGAGAGACAACACUUCUGCACAAGUUGUGCAAAAAGGAGAAUUUUGAUUUGUAAGCCUAGUCUAAGUGUCGCUUUAAGAAAAACAAACGGCAGUUGCAUAAAUCCCCUUUAAAAGAACAAAAUUCUUUUUUAGACACCUGACAAACGUACUUAUGUGUUUGCAUAUUUUGUGCAGUGCAUGCACAGGAAAUUAAUGCUGGUUUUUGUUGUUGUUGUUGUUGUUGUUGUUGGUCACAGAGUCAAGCUUAGGUUUUAUCCGCCCCAAAGGAAAUGCCUUUUUACUGCUGCUGAAAGAAAGACGGAAUUAAUAUUUCUCUUAGCUUAAAAAAAGAAAAAAGGAUUUGUCUGUGACGUUGGAUUUUAAGUCUUCACUCAGUGUGCGAGAGCUUAGCGUCUACGUUGGCCGGAGAAGAACGGUCAGUGAUGAUCUGAAGUGCUGUGGAUGAAAGGGCGGAGCGUUGUUGCUGGUGUCAGAAUGCUGUAGAGAGGAUAAGCAAUACAAACCCAACUCUUCCUUCCUCUUCCCCAUUUCUCUCUCAGCCUGCCUGGUUCCUGCGUACACUUUACCUCAUUGGGCACCAGUGACAACAUAUCAUUGUCUUGCAGUUUGUGUCUGUCCACUGUGGCGACUGAAAGAAUUUGAUGAGGUUUAAAACAGGGGCUCAAGCGUUUUUUGUUGUUGUUUUUUAUUGUUGUAGUUUUAUUUUGAUACCAAAAGGGAAAACCUGGAUGCAUAAAAAAAGAAGCCACUGAUGCUCGUGUUCCUAUUGUUUAGAUUGGUCACAAAACGGAAGACAGACUGAAAAAGAAUUAACCUGGGCCUGUGGACGUGUUGUGCUUAGAUUUAAGGCUAGCACCAGGGAUGUUUAAGGUCAACGGUGAUGUGUUAUUCCGAGUGUGUGUUGAUGGAGAAGUGAGCGCGUGCGCGUACUGUAAUUUGACGCAACCGAAUACUGUCGCAAAAAUAUAGGUUUUCCAUUUUGUGUGCACACUGAAAGGGCUUUUUGAAUAGUUUGUGAGUUUAAAAAAAAAUUUAAAAAAAGUGCUGUAGUCCUGGUUGAUGACUUGUCACAUAAAAGGACCAAUGCACAAAAAAGGCACAUUGUUCUCUUCGUAGCAAUUACUGUACUGACGAACCGAGGAUAUGCAUCAUUUUUGUAAAACUCUUGAAAAUGUUGUGUUAAACUAAAGAAAAAAAGACGACUUACUUUUACCUCAUGUCAGGGAUUCCUGAGGAAAAAAAACAAAACAUAUGAAUAUUAUAAUGAUUUGGUUCAGUUUAAACCAAUGGUAUUUAAAUAUUAGCACAUAGCUGUUUGUCUUUGCACAAGUAACUGUACAGUGCUUUUUUUUCUUUGCCUAUUUUCUAAACAGAUUUGUGUAUUAUGGUGAGAAUAUUUUGUACUUUUGUGACCGUGUGUAUGGUUUUAGUGGAUUCUGUAUUCGUCAUUACUCCUUUAAAUGCUGGGAACGAGCGAGUGUCGAAAAUGUUUGUUGGUGGUUAAGAAAAAUUCAGUGGUAAAAUAUGGUUUACAGAGAAACACACAUUUCUCAUUUGCAUUGCAAACUGUUCUCCUGGUUUUCUUCAAUAAUGUUGUUUAUAUUAUUACUAAAUAUUAAUGUUCUGAACGGUGUUUCAAUAGAUGAUAAUGUAAACUAUGUACAGAAGUAUGGAAAGACCCGUGGUGACGUUCUCUACUUGAAAGACAUGACAACUGCUCCACAAUGUUUUUAUUCUGAAAACAUCAUUUCUCUCAGUAGCAAAUGCUUUAAUAUAUUUCCCUUAAACUUUUUUAUAAAUUUAUUUUUUAUUUUAUUUUGGCCUUAUUUAAAAUCAAUACUGAUACUUUAUUUUCUAUUGAUCAUCAUUGAAUAAACUUAUGCUGAAUUAUUG